AUGCAUCCAAAUAUCCAAAUAUUUUCAACAAAAGCAGUGAUCUCAACUGCAGCUUCUGUUGCUGCCACGACCAUGGUAGUCCGAUCCUUCGCCAGAGAUUUCAUUCCCCACGAAAUCAGACAAUAUAUACUCUCCAAAUUUCAGUACUUUCUAUCCACAUUUUCCAAUGAAAUCACAAUAGUCAUUGAUGAAUUUGAAGGUCUAAACAAAAACCAGCUCUUCUCUGCUGCUGAAAUUUACUUGGCUACCAUUUUUAAUCCCUCUACCAGAAGAUUUCGGGCAUCAUUGCCCGUAAAGGAGAAGAAAAUCCAUGUUUCAAUGGAAAGAAAUGAAGAACUAAGGGAUAAAUUUGGUGGGUUCCAACUGAAAUGGAGAAUGAUUCGCAAACAAACUAAAGCAAGGUACGUGCCAUAUCCUGAUGAAUAUUCUUCCACUAUACAAUCUGAGGUUCGAUAUUUUGAGUUAAGUUUUCAUAAGAAGUACAAAAACAAGGUUCUUGAUGAAUAUCUGCCUUAUAUUUUGGAAAAAACCAAACCCAUCAAACAAGAAAUGAAAACAUUGAAAUUGAUGACUUUGAAGAGUGAGGGGCAUGGUCCCGGGGGAAAUCCAUGGCAGUCUGUGAAUCUUGAUCAUCCAGCCACUUUUGAAACUUUAGCAAUGGAUGCAGAACUCAAGAAUAUGGUGAUUGAUGAUCUUGAAAGAUUUGUGAAUAGAAAAGAGCUUUAUAGGAAGGUGGGCAAGGCAUGGAAGAGGGGGUACUUGUUGUUUGGGCCACCAGGGACAGGGAAAUCAAGUUUGAUUGCUGCCAUGGCCAAUUAUCUGAAUUUUGAUGUUUAUGAUUUGGAACUCACUAAUCUUAGGAGUAAUUCUGCUCUGAGGAGACUCAUUAUUUCAACCGCUAAUCGGUCUAUACUUGUGGUUGAGGACAUAGAUGCUUCCAUUGAUCUAUCAGAGAGGCGACCAGUACCACCUCCUCGGCCACCGCCAAUGCAUCCUCUCCACCGUAAUCAAGAUCCUAAAGUUACUUUGUCAGGAUUACUGAAUUUCAUCGAUGGAUUGUGGUCGAGCUGUGGGGAUGAGCGGAUCAUUGUGUUCACAACGAAUCACAUAGAUAGGCUCGACCCAGCCUUGCUGCGCCCUGGUCGUAUGGAUGUGCAUAUUCACAUGUCCUAUUGCACACCGUGUGGGUUCAAAAUGCUUGCUUCUACUUAUCUUGGGAUCACAGAGCACCCACUUAUCACGGAAGUCGAGCAAAUGAUAGGGACGACCAAGGCGACCCCUGCUGAAGUAGGUGAGCAGUUGUUGAAGAGUGAUGAUCCUGAAGUUGCACUUAGAGGCCUGAUUGAAUUCCUCGUGAAAAAGAAGGAAAGUGAAGAAGCCGAAGCAUUGAAAGAAAAUUCAGAAGUAAAUAAACCAGAAGUUUUGCCAAAGCCGGAGAAAGAAAAAGAUGGUGCGAGUCGUGAUAUGAAGGAAGUUAAGAGUCUUGAAGGCCUUAAAGAACUUAUCGAGAUGGUUGACGUGUCUAGUGCAAAUGCACGAGAGCUGGUAAUGAAGAGGGACAAGGCUUCAAUUGCACUGAAAGGCCUGAUUGAAUUCCUUGAUGGGAAAAAUGGAGUCGAAGAUAUCAAAGCUUCUAAGACAAGUUCAGGAGAAUCGACGUCUGCUGAAGUGCAAGAAUCCCGUAAGGAAAGUUAA